CUCACGCCGUUUUAUUUACCUCCGCAGCGGCACCACGCGAAACACGUGCAUUUCUCGCGUUAGCUUCAUUUCGGUAAUUUUAAAUCUAAAUCUCGCGAUAAAAUGGGCAAAAUAAAGGUCGAGAAGCCAGACGCCGCCGACGUGGACACCUCGGUCGUGAAGGAAGAGGACACGUACGACGAAAAGCUGAAAAAUGCCAACGCCAUCUCGCAGCCGAUGGCCUCCAAGAAGCUGACGAAAAAGAUCCACAAACUGAUCGAGAAAGCCGCCAAACAAAAGUCGUACCUGCGUAACGGAUUGAAGGAUGUCCAAGUUCGGCUGCGCAAGGGAGAAACUGGGCUGGUCAUCUUCGCCGGCGACGUCACCCCGGUCGAGAUCAUGUGCCACCUGCCGGCCGUCUGCGAGGAGCGCAACAUUCCGUACUGCUACACGCCGAGCCGGAAGGACCUGGGCGCGGCCAUGGGCGUCAAGCGUGGCACGGUGGCGAUGAUGGUGCGCGAACAUCCCGACUACCAGGACCUGUUUGACAAGCUGAAGGUGGAGCUGUCGGCGCUGCCGAUUCCUUCGUAAGCGGGGGUGGUGGUAAGAGAAUUUUUUGUUUGAUGACAGAAUUUUUGAGUACGUUGCAGCGAAAUGUACGAGGAGUGAAGUUUUACGCAAAGAAUCAACCUAGUUUUAACAUGAAUUCAGUUUAAUACAUAUAAGUGGAACCUUUAAAAUGAAAAAGAGUGUAUCUUUUCAAU